AUGAGCCUAAAUGGGGCAUCGCCUGCCCUUUGUUCCGGCGUCGGGGGGGGCCGCGAUGCUGACCCCAGCAGCGUGGGCAUGAUGGAGGGGGCUUUCUUUGUUAGCAGGACGGAGCUGCUGGACUGGUUGAACAACACCUUGGCCCUUAGUCUCACGCGUGUGGAGCAGUGCGCUUCGGGCUGCGUCUAUCUACAGGCUUUGGACAAUUUGUUCGGGCCUAAGAGCCGCGUUCCCAUGAGUAAGGUUAAAUGGGGCGCCAAGCAUGAAUAUGAGUUUGUUCAUAACUACAAGCUGCUGCAGGCUGCCUUUGAUGCCCAUGAGGUCAACAAACACAUUGAGGUUAACCGCCUCGUCAAAGCCAAGUAUCAGGAUAACUUGGAGUUCCUCCAGUGGUUCAAGGCCUUCUGCGAUCGCCAGGCGGCUCUAUACGCCACAGACGUCCCCUAUGAUCCAAUUGAAAGGAGGAAACUUGGAAUAGGUCCAUUUCCUGCUUGGGCUCCUGUUGGUCCUGAUGUGGCCGCGAAGAAGCCGUCUGCCGCAUAUGCUGCUUCCACAGCAGCCACAAGACAAGCAGCAGGAGCGCAGGCGUCCUCACGCUGCCGCGUGCAGCAGCAACAGCAGCAACAACAACAGCAGCAGCAGCAGCAAAAGCAACAGACUGCAGGUGCUGUCACGGGGACAGAGGCUUCUAACGGCGCUUUGGGCAAGCGGGUGCAUCAGCAGCAAGGGGGUUCACAGCAGCGGGGCCGUGAUGACGCUGCAGCUGCAGCUGCCGCUGCAGCAGCUGUCGAGACAUUGCAGGGAGAGCUGCAGCAGGCUGUUUUGGAGCGGGACUUUUACUAUGGGAAGCUGCGCCGCAUUGAAAUAUUGUGCGGUGUGCAGGGGCAGACAUCUUUGAGUGUAGAGGCCGUGCAGGCGAUCUUGUACGCCAAAGACCACGCUGACGAGCCUACAGAAACAGUAGAAGGAAACCUUUGA